GAUUCCCGGGGGCGAGGCUGCACUGGCGUUAUAAAGUCCUGCCGGUGCUGUGGAUGGAAGCGCGGCGCUGAACCAGGACCAGACAGGAGACAAAGCAAAAAUAAAAAAUACACCCUGAGCUAAACCAAAACAUGGUGAAGAUCACCUUCCAGUCAGUUUCGGCGCAGAAGCCCGAGAAAGACCAGGAUGCGGACAAGAUCACUGUACCCCAGGCUCACGGGCGGCUGGUUCCUCUCAUGAAGCCUAGAAAGCCCUUCCCAACAGGCCUGUGCUGCCUCGCGAUCAGCCUGGUCAUUUUCACGCUAGGACUCGUGCUGCCUUCCAUUUACAUCUAUCGCUACUACUUUAUGUCCCAGCAGAUCCCAGAGGACAGCUUGUUCCACUGCCGGGUCAUCUACGAGGACUCUGUAUACGCUCCCCUGAGGGGACGCCAAGAACUGGAGGAGAACGUGAGCAUCUACCUUGAGGAGAACUAUGAGCAGAUCAGCAUUCCUGUGCCUCAUUUUGGGGGCAGCGACCCAGCGGACAUCGUCCAUGACUUCCAGAGGGGCCUCACAGCCUAUUACGACAUUGCCUUGGACAAAUGCUACAUCACCGAGUUAAACACGACUGCCGUGAUGCCCCCACGCAGCCUGUGGGAGCUGCUUGUUAAUGUCAAGAGGGGGACGUACCUUCCCCAGACUUACAUUGUCCAGGAGGAGAUGGUGGUGACCGGCAGGUUGAGAAACAUGAGACAGCUAGGCCCAUUCAUCCACAGGCUCUGCUUUGGCAAAGAGACGUACCGGCUCAGACGUCGCAACCAGCGCCAACGUAUUGAGAGGCGUGAGACAAAGAAGUGCCACAGAAUCCGUCACUUUGAAAACACCUUUGUGGUCGAGACCAUCAUCUGCGACCGAUUCUAAAAUCUGGGGCGGAAAUCACAGCCAUCCGACACUGAAGCCAAUUUCAAACCAUACCUCUUGAAUUUCUUAUGCGUGAAGCUGCACUUUAAGAGCAAAAUGUUGUCCUUUAGUUUCAGUUUCAGAGUUUUCGUCUCAUUUUUGCUCUUUUCAUUGUUAAUGUUUUACUUUUUAAUUCGGAUUGUAUAUGUGAUGUGUUUGGAUUUAUCUGUAAAUUGUCUUGUAGAGCAGGAGAUAUUAAUCUCAGUCUAAUCAGAGUCAGUCUGUGACAUUCACAUCAGAAAACCAGACUUGUUCUUGUAUUUUCUUGUUAAUAUUUGUUUCUUGGUCAAUUUUAAUUAAUUUAAAGGGCAAAACAUACCUCAUGUAGUUAAGAUGUUAAUUUUGUGUUUAUUUCAUUACUGAAUUGUGUAUAUUAAUGAUUGUUCCUAAGCAAUAUACAUAUAUAUAUAUAUAUAUAUAUUGUAAAUUAAUUAUCUUCUUAUUAUUACAUUGUUAAAGGCAUAGAUUUUUAUCAAAACCUGUUUUUGUGAGAGAUCGUUGAUUUAUGGUUUAUUGUUUUUUCCUUUGGCAUCACACUUUCCUACUCCAUGGGUUAUAAACGGCUUUAGACUGUAAUUAGUAGCAGUGCUGUAGAGGGACAAAAGGAACCAAAGUCUGCAGUCAGUGAUGCUACACAUAGUUGUAAGGGAUAUAAUAUGCUUUAUAGGUUAGAUCACUUACUGUAGAUAAUAUCAAAGGCAAAAACCUUCUUUGUUUUGCUCUUCCUCCUCUUCACUCAGAUUUAGGUGUUUGUCUUUAGCUCUCGCCUCCUCUCAGUUAUUCUUAACUACUGUUCUCUGCAAUGUUGAUGUGUCUUAUUGUCAAUGACAUUUUUGGAUGUGUUUAUGAUGUAUAUGUGCUCAUAUUUCACUGUUUUUGACACUUACUGUACAGUCUAAAUUCUCUUGUAAGAUCUCGCUGCUUUAAAAAUAAACUAUCAAACUUU